AUGGCUCCGUUCGAGGCACUAUAUGGGAGAAAGUGCAGGUUACCUAUUGGGUGGUUUGAUGCAUUCGAAGUAAGACCUUGGGGUACUGAUAUGUUGAGAGAGUCUGUCGAUAAGGUCAAGGUGAUUCAAGAAAAGCUCUUAGCAGCUCAGAGUAGGCAGAAGGAGUAUGCAGAUCGAAAGGUCCAGGAUCUUGAAUUUAUGGUAGAGGAGUAUCACGGUGAUGGGUCCUUAAUCAUUUGUUGGGAUUCAGUUCUGUUAGAUGAGAACUUGUCCUAUGAGGAGGAGCCUGUUGCUAUAUUAGAUAGGGAGGUG